GCUGCGCGCUCCUCCAUGCGCGCUCUCACAUGCAUCAAAGCUUUUACGUCAAACCAGCCAGCCAGGAAGAAGCAGGCAAAUCUGAUGGCACACUAACUGGGUCCUCCGGACUCCCCGACAUAGACCAAAUUCCCCAUGGAUGAGAUGUCUUAUUACACUAGGAUUUCGCCGCCUGCACCGAGGUAGAUCUCAUCUUAUGGGAGGCGUCGUCUAGCUUGUGCCAUCAUCGCCCAUCUGAUCCACUGCGAGCUGAAAUAAAUCGAUUUGAGACACAAGAUGCUCGUCUUAUCGGCGCUCCUGCUCUGCACAUUAGUACAGCAGACAGCUGGCUCUCAUCGCAGCAGCUCAUCAUCAUCAUCAUCAUCACCAUCAUCAUCAUCCCCAUCAUCCUCAUCAGAGGUGAGGGGCAGGAUUACCGGGGGAACGGUCCCCAGCUGGCUCAAACAGACUCCCAUUUCUGCUGAUGCCGAUAACAGCCAUGAGAGCAGGCCACUGGCAAAGAUUAAAGACACAAGUGGCCGAGGAAACGGAACCGGCGGAGGCGGAGGCAGGAACACCACCAUCAUCACGGAAAGGUUUCGCAGACCGGAGGAAGGGGAGUCGCCGAUAUGUGCCUAUAGAGUGAUUGAGGGGGGAAUCUGGGGCCAGCUGUGCUUCCGACACACGCUGUUUGGAUACAAGUGCAUGCACAAUAAAGCAGACUGCAGGACAGAAGUGUCUUUUGGAAAUCUUGUGGCAAGUCUCCUUGUGAACGGCAGCGUGCUGCUGAGGUGGAGCAGCGAUGAGGAGGAGGACUCCGGCAGAAACAACGAGACUCAGGUCGGGCGGACGCGACGCCGACGCGCCGAUCUUGGCACCAACUUUACGCGCAGCAGUUUUCGGCACGGCCGCGGCGGCUUCGAGCUGAGCUGCUGGUGGAACGGCAGCUACACGCAGUUCGAGUGCGCCAGCGUCCACCUGGGCUCCGGCUGCAGGGAUUUCCUCCUGCUGGAGCUGCACGAGAACAUCCCGUACCGCAUCUGCCUGCGCGCCCUGGCAGGCUCCGACUACCCGGGGAAUAAUAAGAGGACAGGCCGCCGGGACUGCGUGGAGUUCACACUGCCCCCUGCUGGGAUGCAGGACAUCGUGAUCGCCAUGACGACGGUGGGGGGAGCUAUCUGCGUGAUGCUGGUGAUCAUUUGUUUGCUGGUGGCAUACAUCACAGAAAACAUUAUGACUCCCACACAACACGCACAACACACGUACUCGUACUGCACUCAUUCACGACACUGAUUCAGGGGCGUCAAUUGGGUAUGGUAAGGUAUGGCAGCCGCCACACCUUGGCUUCAAGGGAAAAUGUAAAUGUUUGUUUUUUAAAUACAUUUAUGGAAUUACUCUGUGUCUAUUUGUAUUGAUUAUUCUAUUACUUAAUACAUAUAG